AUUUCUGUGAAAUGGAUUUAAAGCAUCUUUAAUCACACAGGGUACCACAAUGACUGAGAUUCUAGCUUAUAAUACCACCUUGGAGGAGCUGAACCUCUCCUGGCAAAACCAGUCUUCACCUCAACAGAACGUCACCUAUGUGGAUUUCUACCUCCACAAACCCGCUGUGGCUGCAGUCUUCACCGUUUCCUACCUGCUCAACUUUGUGGUGUGCAUGGUAGGCAAUGGUGUGGUGUGUUUCAUCGUGCUGCGCAGCAGGAACAUGCGAACCGUCACCAAUCUGUUUAUUCUCAACCUCGCCAUCAGUGACCUGCUGGUUGGCAUCUUCUGCAUGCCAACCACACUUGUGGACAACAUCAUAACAGGCUGGCCCUUUGGCAGCGUUGUGUGUAAACUGAGCGGGAUGGUUCAAGGGAUCUCUGUGUCAGCAUCUGUUUUCACCCUCGUUGCCAUUGCUGUUGACAGGUUUCGCUGCAUCGUCUACCCUUUCAAGCAGAAGCUGACCAUCCCCACCUCAAAGCUAAUUAUCGUCAUCAUUUGGGUCCUCGCCGUGUUCAUUAUGUGUCCUUCAGGGGUCAUGCUCCAGGUCACCAAGGAGCAGACAGUGAGAAUAGUCCUUGGUCCCAAAAGUGAUACUCGCCCCUUUUACUGGUGUAGAGAGAACUGGCCAAGUCAAGAGAUGAGGAAGAUCUAUACUACAGUCCUCUUUGCCAACAUCUACCUUGCCCCUCUUAGUCUGAUCGUCAUCAUGUAUGCACGCAUUGGUUUCACCCUCUUUAAGACCACUCUUCCUCAAGCUGGAGGCAGUGGGAGUGCCCCAUUAGAGGGCAGUGGUAAAAAAGUGAGCAUGGACGCGCGUCAGACAAUUACACGGAAGAAGAAGAGGGUGAUAAUGAUGCUCCUGGUUGUUGCUUUGCUUUUCAUCUUAUCCUGGCUGCCUCUAUGGACGCUAAUGAUGCUGAGCGAUUACGCCAGCUUAACAGAACACCAGUACCGUGUCAUUAACAUCUAUGUGUACCCUUUUGCUCACUGGUUAGCCUUCUUCAACAGCAGCAUCAACCCAAUCAUCUACGGUUUCUUCAAUGAAAACUUCCGUAAAGGCUUUCAGGCAGCUUUUAAGUUCCAGCUGUGCUCCGCUGACAUUCUGCGCCAAAGGACCUUCUCCCACCGGAUCAGAGGGAACGCUGUGCUCCCAGUCCACCCGAAAUCCCACAGCAGACCAGUGUCCAGAGCUGGGUCGCUCUUUGUAGGGAAUGGAGGGUGUUCAAGGCGGGAGGACGAUUGUUUAGCUAGUAGAAACGCUGUUAGAGAGCAGGAUCUGAUCAUGGAGGAUUUGGAGAAAAUGUCACAGAUUUAGAAAAAAAAUGAGCUUUGCCUAUCAUCUUAUAAAACGAGGUAUUUGGUGAAUGUUUCAAAAAUAAAUCAAACUUUUUUCAUGUCUGCUGUUAAUAAAUGUGUUUUGAAGUUCUAUUUAAAAGAUCACUGUUUGUUAAUGUGACUUCUUUUUUAAGCUCUACUGGUCAUUUUGCCUCGAUUGUAAAUCUGAACACCUUCAUUGUAGUUAUGUUUUAUUUCGUACCCACCUAGG